ACGCAUACCCCUCUUUAAAACCUGCGAAUGCAGUCCAUCCAGUGCGUGUGAAAUCACUUACUCGGUGCUGCUGUCUGACCCCUUAUUCCGCAUCAAAUCAAUAUUUGUUGAAUCUAAUUUACAUCAAGGGCAAUUUGACAAAGCAAACGAUUGAUAGUUGAUCAACUGUCAUCAUGACUAGCAGGACAUAAAGGUAAAAUAAAUCUAUAUUUCGGUACCGUUUUUAUUAUUCGACUGGUAUACGAAGAGUAAAGUGACAUCGAUCGGCGGACAUGCAUUCAUUUGAGGGAGAGCGUCGGGCUACAUGUUCAACCAGAAACUCGCAUUCUUUGACGUUGAGAUCAUGAUUCGUGGUGCUAACAGCAACAGUAGAGGAUUUUCGUUCCCUGGAGGCUUGCUCCAUACGAUCUAGCGAGUAGCGAAGGCUCUUCUGCUGGUAAUCAUUAACCUAAUUGCCUUGACAAGACAUUCUGAUGAUCUAGAGACAGGAGUCAGGAGCGGGGAAAUGAGGCCAUGAUGAUGAAGAGAGAGAUCAUUGCAUUUAUCAUGGAGUCGUUAUCAUUGCUUCUUGUUUCCUACAUGCUUCUAGUGACACCUGUCGUCUCGCAAGGGCAAGAGUGCUGCAACAUCCGACUGUCAGGUGGCAUGUUUGAUGCUGAAGGGAGAGUAGAGAUCUUCUACUCCAAUGCCUGGGGUACAGUAUGUGAUGAUGACUUUGGUAUCCCGGACGCCAACGUGGUGUGUCGUCAGUUGGGCUAUGUGGGAGCCAUAGAAGUCUUUGCAGAAGCUCACUUUGGAGCUGGGUCAGGGUCUAUCUGGCUUGACGGAGUGGGUUGUAGUGGUAACGAGGAGAGUUUGGUAUCGUGUCCGAAUAACGGAUGGAGGGAGCAUGACUGUACCCACAGUGAAGAUGUCGGAGUCUCCUGCUAUUCAAGUGACCAGUAUAAGGUUCGAUUAGUUGGUGGCGAGACCGACUAUGAGGGUCGGGUCGAGAUCAAUUAUAAAGGAGCCUGGGGAUCGAUUUGUGAUGAUUCCUGGGAUAUCAGUGAAGCUACAGUGGUCUGUAAGCAGCUUGGAUACACGGGGGCGCUCCAGGCUGUGGGGGAUGCUGUCUUCGGCACAGGGGAUGGUGUUAUCAUGCUGGAUGAUGUGAAUUGUGUAGGGAAUGAAGGAACGCUGGAUAUGUGCAUGCAUCGUGAAUGGACAGAACAUGACUGCACUGGGGUGGAGGUCGCUGGUGUCCGCUGCGAUAUUGAAGAUCAUAUAGUCAGACUCGUCGAUGGUGGAGCCCCGAAUCAGGGUCGCGUAGAGGUCAUCUUCAACGGAACAUGGGCCACCAUCUGUAACGAACAGUGGGACAUACAGGAUGCCAAUGUGAUCUGCCGUCAGCUUGGGUACAUUGGAGCGUCUGAGGCUGCCAUGGAAGGAGAAUUCAGCCCAGGAUCUGGUAGUAUAGCUCUGAGUGAAGUCCGGUGUGAAGGAUGGGAGCACGAGAUCAAUGACUGCUACCACGGUCUAUGGGGUACAUCCGGAUCCACCUGUUCACAUGAAAUGGAUGCUGGGGUCAAGUGUGCUAAUCAAACUGAAUUUAAUAUUCGUCUUGUUGGAGGAGAUGUAGAAUCAACAGGACGAGUAGAGGUGUUUUAUGAUGGAGUUUGGGGUACAGUCUGUGAUGAUCUAUGGGAUUUAGCAGAUGCAAGGGUUGUUUGUCGACAGCUUGGUUACCGAGAUGCCUUGGAAGCGACGGUCUCGGCUGCUCAUGGUAUAGGUAAUGGUCACAUCAUUCUUGAUAACGUCCAGUGCAUGGGAACAGAGGUGAAUCUAACUGAUUGUCUUCAUGAUGGGUUCUUGAUGCAUAACUGCCAACCAAACGAAGAUGCCGGAGUGGUGUGCCAAACGGCAGAUAAUUCAUACACUAUACGUCUCGUGGGUGGCAACGUGGCUUCCGAAGGUCGUGUGGAGGUCGUCUACAACGAUGAAUGGGGAACAAUAUGCGAUGAUGACUGGGACAUUGAUGAUGCUAGAGUGAUCUGUAGACAGCUGGGUUAUACCAACGCUGAGAAGGCAACGAGUGGCGCCAGCUUUGGAGAAGGAACAGGGGUCAUCUGGCUUGAUGAUGUGAUGUGUGACGGAUCAGAGGAUUCUAUCUUCACGUGUCCCAGCAGCGAGUGGGGGGAUCACAACUGUGAACAUGCAGAAGAUGCAGGGGUUAUCUGCACUGAUGAUGGUUCUUCCCAGAUCCGUCUUGUCGAUGGCAGCGAUUCGCGUGGUGGUCGUCUGGAGAUCUACUUUGAGGGUACAUGGGGAACUGUCUGUGAUGAUAACUGGGAUGAUGUUGACGCUGAAGUGGCAUGCCAGGAGCUUGGUUUUCCAGGAGUUGAGAAAUCCAAGGCCAGUUAUCCUGCAGGUGAAGGAAAGAUCUGGUUGGAUGAUGUCAACUGCGAUGGCAGCGAGAGUUCUAUCAGGUACUGCAAACAUAAUGGCUGGGGAGAACAUAACUGCGCCCAUCAGGAGGACGUAGGAAUAGUGUGCAGAAGGCUCGGUACUGAGAGCGGAUUGUCUCGAGGUGCUAUAGUUGCCAUAGCAACAGGAUGUGUUGCAGUGGCCGUUCUCCUCAUGGUGGCAAUUACAUUUUGCUACAGCAGGACACGUAAGCCAGAGACGAGAGAGCCACGGUCUACACGAUCACGAGUAAACUCGCCAUCCACCAGCUCAAGGCCCCCGCAGGUGUAUUCCAUUAAUCAGAAUGUGUUCUAUAACAGCUACGGUCAAACCAUGCAUAUCAACUCACCUCCACCACGGCUUGCCUCUCCAGGACCAUCCAAUGAAUAUCCUCAAGCUCCAUUCCCUUUGCCUGCAGAACCACCACCUCAGUAUGAGAUGAUCUCAAGCUACACUCCUCAAUCUGUCUUCCAUGGUAAUGCAGCAAGGGAACCCGUACCAAUAAAUCUAAACCAAGCUGGAGCUGAUGGAGCGGUAGCAGGGCCAUCAACGUCCUCAUCAGAGGUUGCCCACACCCCUGGCCCUUCUGCCUCCACACCCUUCCCUGCUGGCCAUCAGCAAGCGGAAGGGUAUCUCCCUUCCCCUGUUCCAGACUUGGUGUCAUCCGGGCUUAGACUGCCAUCUGAACCUCCAAGUUAUUCUGCUGCUUCCCAAUGCAGUAGCAACCUUCCCCCAAGGGGUCCUGCUCCACAGUACUCCAGAGAGAAUGAUGCUCCACGAUAUUCAAGAGAUGAUAACAUCACAUCUCGUCAGCAGACAUACAAUUCUAGAAACAAUCAUGGUGCUGUAGGGCGGGAUCCUCUGCCCGUUCAAAGUGGUGAUCAUUUCUAUUCAAAUGCAGCUUUUAGUGGAGAUGUAGCUGCAGAUGAUGAAACUAUGGAGAUAUGAGGAUGAGAUCUGAAAACGCUGUUGAUCUGAUUAAAUGUACAAUAUUUUGUAAUAAGGUGUACCCAAACCAGGUUUGUAUACUAUGCAUAACUAAUAUUUAUUCGCAUUGCACUUUGUACCUUGUCUUCCAUUUUCAACAUGUUGUUGUAGAAGUUUAGCUUUGCACGUGUGUUUCGGCAGCCUUUCAUAUUUAUUAAUCUUAGUUUAUGAAUUAUGAUCUUUCAAAAAUCAAGGUAUACUCUAGGUACAUGUAUUACCUAAGUGUAUUUACCUUUGAUGUAUGAAUAUAUAGUUGCUUGCUUUGCAAAUUGAAUAUGAAGCAAUACUUUCUGAGAGAAAAAAAGUUUUUUACACUACAAUGUUGUUCAUCUUGAGGUUAACAUAUUCUGAAAUAUUAUAUUACCUCUAUAGACACUUAAAAUACCAAAGAUAAUGGAUGGUAUAUUGAUUGUCAUGAUGUAUUUAAACUUGGGAUAACUUGACCACAGCUUUAUGAAAUGCCAGUUGUAAACUCAUUCCCCAAUUAAAAUGAUCCGUAUCCUGCUGCAAAAAGUUGUCAAAAAUUUAAUUGAGUCCCAAAAUGGGAAUAGGAAAAUUCGAAAUUGUAAUGAGUUUUGGUGAAUUAAUUUAUAUAUUAUAAUGCCACGAAUAAUGGAAGAAAUAUUACGAAGCCGGCAUUCCAUAGAGGUGUGGUCUAAAAUUCUAGUUUAAACUAGGGUUAAACCUAGGUUUGAUUAUAUCAGAAUUCCACCCAGUGAGUUCUGUUUGGGUUUAUGUUAAUUAUGUGAUGCUAUUGAAGCAGAUCAUAAUUGAAUGCUUGGUUGUGUGUGACCAAGCAUUAAAGGUCAAGUCCACCCCAGCAAAAUGUUUAC